CCUCUAUCUGUUUUCCUUGUCUGUGUAUAAGGUUGAGUAAAGCAGCUAUAGAAGAGAGAGCACACAGAGAAAGAAGGGACACACAAUUAUAAGGAAAAGUAUUUAGAAACGCAGUAAAGUAAGAGCACAGGAAGCCGAGCGAUCCCACAGGACCACGAGUCUAAUUCUGGAGCGGAUCAUUGUCAGUGCUAUAGGAUGGCUGGAGGGUGGCGAUGCAUGUUGGCGACUGUGGUUGUGUUGAGUGUGUGUCUGUGGGAGUCCAGCGAGGCUGUAGGGGGGGCUAGGAGUCGACCACGACCCCAAAGACGACCUCCGAAGAAGCCAAAGGUCGAGUCUGUUGAAGUGACCCCACCAGCAGAGAACAUAGACAUAGAGCGGAUGACAGGAAGGUGGUACCUGCUGAACGCGGCCUCCAAAUGCUCAUUCCUGAUCAAUCAUGGCACCCGAGUGGAGCCCACGGUCAUGAGCCUCUCACGCUCCUCCGCCUCCGAGCAAACACUGUCCGUCAGCACGAAAACACGACAUGCUCACCAGUGUUGGGAGAUAUUACAGGUCUACCAUCUCACCCCAACCCCGGGACAUCUAACACUAAAAGGAGCUCGUCCAGAGCUGAACACUGAGAUAGUGAUCGGGGAGACGGACUACAGCUCAUACGCAGUCAUGUUCUUCCACAAACGGGGCAAAAUAACCCUAAAACUCUAUGGCAGGUCUGUGGACAACCUGUCAGAGCCAGUGUUGACCAAGUUUGAGCAGCUCGCUGCAAAACAGAAUUUGGGGCUUGCGUACCUCUUCCCUUUCCCCACCUACAGCCAUUGUGGUGAUGUGGACCAGGAUCAUGUCAUCAACUGCGUCCCCACGUGUUGAGGAGUAGGAGCUGUGUCGCAGAAAGACGCAGCAUUUCACCAGUUUAACACAUGAUUGUCUGACUUUUGCAUCAUUUCAACAGUAAAAACUAAAAAGUGACCGAAAGUUGAGGUGAUCUUCAAAUUGAUAACAUGUUACCACUUGCAGAAGGUACAGUUAAAUAAAAGUUUUUCAGUUUUAACUCAA